AUGGUGGUGGGUGGUGCCCGAUUCCAAGAUGGCGGCCGCCGCCUGGUGCGGGGGGGUGGUGCCCGAUUCCAAGAUGGCGGCCAAGGCUUCGCCGUGCGGUGCGUGAUGACGCCAUCAGUCAGCGCCCAGUGUGAAGGGGCAGCGUGGAGCAUGGAGGAGGAGCGGGGGGGGGCGCCGGUACCGGGCAAUGGCGGCGGCGAAGCGGCGGCCCCGGCCCCGGUCCGGAAGCGGCGGAAGGGGACCCGGAAGCGGAAGGAGGCGGCGGCGGCGAUCCCGAGGGGCAGACCCAAAUCGGGGCGGGUGUGGAAGGACCCCGGCAAGAAGAGGUUUUCCCACAUGAUCCAGGACAAAGCCCUGCACAGCUCCUGGCCUCGGAAGCUGCGGGAGCGGCAGGAGAAGAAGCUGGUGCAGGCGCUGGCUCAGCAGCUGCAGGAUGGGAAGAGGAGGGAGCGAGAGGAGAAGAAGCGGCGACGGGAGGAGAACAUGAAGCGGCGGCUGGAGAAUGAGCGCAAGGCAGAGGUGGUGCAAGUGAUCCGGAACCCCCUGAAGCUGAAGAGAGCCAAGAAGAAGCAGCUGAGGCGGGUGGAGAAGAGGGAUACCCUCGCCCUGCUCCAGAAGGCACCAGUCAGGACCAAAGCAGCCAUGGAAUGAGCUGGGAAUCACCUCCAUGCUCCACUGGAUGCAAUGGGGCAGAGCUGGGAUGCUGCUGGGCCCCAUCCUGCCCUGGGGCUGGAAGAACAGCUUCCGAAUGGCCAAAUGUGACGUUUCUGUACCCAAAAGAGUGGGAGCUGAGCCCCAAUCCCC